AUGGCUCAACCUUCGCGAGACAUCUUGGAUCGCAUAUUUCAGGAACUCAGAUCAAAAAACGAUGAGAUUCGUCAAAGAGCCGCAAUCGCAUUGCGGCAGAACUUAGAAGCGGCGCAUCGAGAACUUCCCCCCGGGCAGUUUGCGCCCUACUACACUGAUGUAAACACAAAAAUAUCCACUCUGGUUGUCCAGGGUACCGAAACGAAUGAUCGUAUCGGCGGCAUACUUGCCAUGUUACAAUUGAUCGACUUUAAAGGUGACGAUGCCGGGCAAAAGACAACAAGGUUCGCGAGUUAUCUAAGAGUAGUCUCAAGAGGGAGUGAUACCACAGCCAUGGUUUGGUCGGCACGCGCCCUGGGAAAACUGGUUAAACCUGGUGGAACACUCACAGCGGAACUGGUGGAGGCAGAGGUCAAGAGCGCACUGGAAUGGCUACAGAUGGACCGCCAGGAGAACCGCCGUUUCGCCGCAAUUCUCAACCUUCGCGAGUUAGCUAGGAACUCUCCGACAUUGAUGUAUCAGUGGGUUCCCCAAAUUCUGGACGUCAUUUGGGUAGCACUUCGAGACCCCAAGGUCCUGAUUCGAGAAUCUGCUGCCGAGGCCGUCAGCGCCUUGCUCGAAAUCAUCUCUCCAAGAGACUCACACUUUCGCCAGACAUGGUUUGGUCGUGUUUAUGAAGAGCUGAGGCAGGGAUUUCAACUAAACACGAAUGAGGCAAUACAUGGCUCACUUCUCACCAUGAAAGAGUUAUUACAAAAGGGAGCUAUGUUCAUGACCGGCCAGAGGUAUAGAGAUGCCUGCGACACAGUGCUAAGAUACCGAGAACAUCGUGACCCUUUGAUCAGACGCGAAGUGGUUAUCAUCAUUCCAAUUUUAGCCGCAUAUGCGCCACAAGAAUUUGCUGGCCAGUAUUUACAUCAGUGCAUGCUACAUCUGCAAGGCCUUAUAAAAAAUGACAAGGAUCGCAGGAAUAUCUCCUACAUUGCAGUGGGCGAAAUUGCUAGUGCUGUCAAUAGCGCUAUUGCACCUUAUCUGGACGGUGUUCUGACCUUGAUUAAGGAGGGCUUGCUCUCCAAGGCGCGCAAUAGGAAUGUGGUUGAGGGUCCGAUCUUCAAGUGUCUGAGUAUGAUUGCGAUUGCUGUUGGGCAAACACUCAGUAAAAGCAUUGAGCCCCUAUUGGAUCCUAUCUUUGCAUGCGGUUUGAGCGACUCAUUAACCCAAGCACUUGUUGACAUGGCCCAUUACAUCCCUCCGUCUAAGGCUGUCAUUCAGGAACGUCUCCUCGAUCUUCUUAGCCAGGUUCUUUGUGGUCGGCCAUUCCUUCCCUUGGGCAGCCCGUACCACAUGGCCCAACCUCCGAUUAUAUGGACACGAGAUCAUAAAGAGCCCCCUAUCGUUCAACAAAGAGAGACUGAGAUUGCCCUCGCCCUACACACCUUAGGAAGUUUCGAUUUUUCCGGACAUAUAUUGAACGAAUUUGUAAGGGAUGUUGCUAUCAAGUACGUCGAUGCCGACAACCCGGAGAUCCGAAAGGCAGCCGCUCUCACGUGUUGCCAACUUUUUAUCCAUGAUCCGAUCGUUCGCCAGGUUAGUCAUCAUGCCAUCAAUGUCGUUGGUGAUGUCAUCGAGAAGCUCCUCACUGUUGGUGUGGCCGAUGCAGAUCCAGAAAUUCGUCGCACAGUGCUUCUGUCGCUGGACACACGGUUUGACAAACACCUGGGCAAGGCUGAGAAUGUGCGGACUUUGUUCUUGGCACUCAACGAUGAAGUCUUUGGCAUUCGCGAGGCCGCUAUGACUAUUAUUGGACGUCUCACUUCAGUAAACCCAGCAUAUGUUUUUCCAUCUCUACGGAAGGUCUUGAUACAACUUCUGACGGAAGUGGAAUAUUCGAACAGUCCAAGAAACAAGGAAGAAAGCGCCAACUUGAUCAGCCAUCUUGUAAAUGCAUCCUCAAAGCUUAUCAAGCCCUACGUUGAUCCCAUAGUCACCGUGCUUCUUCCAAAGGCCAAAGAUCCUAACCCAGAGGUAGCCUCAGCCACACUCAAUGCGAUUGGCGAUCUGGCGAUGGUCGGAGGAGAGGAUAUGACAAAAUACAUCCCAGAACUCAUGGUUAUCAUAUUGGACAACCUGCAGGAUCUGAGCUCUGAUUCCAAGCGAAUGGCUGCGCUGAGGACCCUGGGCAACCUCGCAGCCAACUCGGGUUACGUGAUUGAACCAUAUGAGCAGUAUCCUCAGCUCCUCACUGUUCUAAUCAACAUCGUUAAGAUCGAGCCUGUUGGAUCGCUACGCCGAGAGACGGUCAAGCUACUGGGAACUUUAGGCGCCCUAGAUCCAGAUAAACACCAAAAGAUCAUGGAGAAAUCGCCAGAGAGGAACCUUAUGGAAGAUGCCGAUGCUGUAACAGAUGUGUCGCUCAUCAUGAAAGGGACCACGCCAUCGAACGAAGAAUAUUACCCCACAAUUGUCAUCAACACCUUGAUGGGGUUACUGAAGGACGCUUCUCUUGCGCAGUACCACUCGGGAAUUGUGGAUGCAGUCAUGAACAUUUAUGCCACUAUGGGGCUCAAAUGCGUACCAUUCCUUGACCAGGUCAUACCAGGCUAUCUGAUGGUCAUCAAAGGAGCUGCGCCAGGGCGUCUUGAGAGUUAUUUCAAUCAACUCAGUCAAAUGGUCCGAAUCGUCAAGCAGCAUAUCCGACGGUUUUUACCUGCUAUUCUGGAGACUGUUCAGGACUUUUGGAACCAUUCGCUAACUCUACAAGCGACUAUCAUUGCACUUGUUGAAAGCAUAUCGCGAUCAUUAGAGGGCGAGUUCAAAGUGUAUCUAGCCAGUGUGCUACCCCUGAUGCUCGGUGUCUUGGAUCAAGAUAUGACCCCAAAACGCACUCCUUCCGAAAAAAUCCUGCAUGCUUUUUUGGUGUUUGGCUCGAGUGCCGAAGAGUACAUGCAUCUAAUCAUCCCAGUCAUAGUACGAAUGUUCGAAAAGCCAGGCCAACCUCUGUCGAUACGGAAGUAUGCAAUUGAAACACUCGGUCGAUUGUCGAGACAAGUCAACAUCUCCGAGUUUGCCGCAAAGAUCAUCCAUCCUUUGUCACGAAUACUGGCUAGCAAUGAAACUAGCCUGUACAGGACAGCACUUGAUACCCUCUGCGCCCUUGUCUUUCAGCUUGGCCCAGACUACAUGCAUUUUGUUCCUACCAUCAACAAGAUCCUCGCCGCACAAAGGAUCACGAACUCCAACUACUCACUCAUAGUUUCCAAGCUUCAGAAGGGCGAGCCCUUGCCUCAGGAUCUCAGUCCAGAUGAGGUCUAUACCGAGCAUAGCGAGGAUGCCACUGCAACGGAAAUCUCAUCCAAGAAAUUAGCAGUCAAUCAGCAGCACCUGAAGAAUGCUUGGGAGGCGUCUCAGAAGAGUACACGUGAAGAUUGGAUCGAGUGGAUGCGACGCUUCAGUGUAGAACUUCUGCGCGAGUCUCCGCAGCAAGCACUUCGGGCAUGUACGCCAUUGGCCAGCAUAUACCAACCCAUCGCCAAGACCCUCUUUAAUUCUGCGUUCGUCUCAUGCUGGACAGAGCUCUACGAGCCGUACCAAGAAGAGCUUGUUCGUUCGAUAGAGUCAGCCCUGACCUCGCCAAACAUUCCGCCCGAUAUUCUCCAGGUCCUUCUCAAUCUUGCAGAGUUCAUGGAACAUGAUGACAAAGCACUCCCAAUAGACGUGAGAGUUUUGGGAAUGUAUGCAGCCAAAUGCCAUGCUUUCGCAAAGGCGCUACAUUAUAAAGAGCUCGAAUUCAACGCGGAGCAGACUGCAAGCGCCGUGGAAGCUUUGAUCAGUAUCAACAAUCAGCUUCAGCAGACAGACGCUGCGUUUGGCAUUCUUAGAAAAGCGCAAAAUUACACCGACUUUGAAUUGCGAGAAACGUGGUUCGAGAAGUUGCAGAAAUGGGAGGAAGCGCUGGAAGCAUAUCAAAGACGAGAGAAAGAAGAUCCCCAUGCGUUUGACGUCACCAUGGGCAAGAUGCGUUGUUUACAUGCGUUAGGUGACUGGGACAUUCUAUCUAGCCUUGCACAAGACAAAUGGGUCCACGCUUCCUCAGAAUACCGAAAGGCGAUCGCUCCUUUGGCUGCCACUGCGGCUUGGGGACAAUCACAAUGGGAAUUGAUGGACAAUUACCUUGCUGUCAUGAAGCCGAGCACGCCUGAUAGGUCGUUCUUCGGUGCAGUACUUGCGAUUCAUCGAAACCAAUUUGAUGACGCUCAGAUCUAUAUUGAAAAAGCGCGCGAGGGACUAGACACGGAGCUUAGCUCUGUGCUAGGAGAGUCCUACCAGCGGGCAUAUCUUCCGAUGCUGCGCAUACAACAGAUGGCAGAGCUGGAAGAGAUCAUCACGUACAAGAAGAGCACCAACAACCCAGAGAAGCAAGCCAGCAUUCGCCGUACCUGGAUGAAGAGACUCAAAGGUUGUCAACCGAACCCUGAGGUAUGGCAACGAAUGCUCAAGAUUCGGGCUCUUGUCAUCACACCCAAAGAAGAUGUGGAGAUGUCCAUCAAGUUUACGAACCUUUGCCGAAAGAACCAAAGACUUGGUUUGGCUCGGAAGACGUUGUGCGACCUCCUUGGCACACCUUCUACAGAUGAUAUGUUGAGUUACCUUUCAGUACACAGUAAAGAGAUCGAUCCACAUAUCUCCUACGCGGUCCUGAAGUUCAUAUGGUCGAGCCCAAGCGAAGGACAGCCCGCAAGAGCUUUACUAGGGUUGAAGCAAUUUACUGCACAAAUUGCUGAUGACCUACAAAUCCGCACCCGAGACAUUCAUGCAAGUCCAAACGGUGUGCAUGGCGCCCUCGCGGUGACCGGCCUGACCAACGGCUACCCAGUCAAUGGAAUGAACAGUCUCUCGCUCAGUGGAUCCAAUGGCAUGAGUGGCUCAUACCAGCCCCCACUUACAGCGAAAGACCUUGCAGAUUGCCACAGGCUUUUGGCCAAAUGCUACCUGAAGCAAGGAGAAUGGCAAACUGCACUUCACCACGGAGACUGGCAUCAUGACCAGGUCCACGACAUUCUUUCUUCGUACAGCGCCGCAACCAGAUACAAUACAGACUGGUACAAGGCCUGGCAUGCCUGGGCUCUUGCCAACUUCGAAGUCGUCAACUCCAUCACGGGAACACUGGAAGGAGAGCAGAAGCAUGUGCCGUCGAAUGUGGUGCAUGAGCACAUUGUUCCAGCUAUACAAGGAUUUUUCAAGUCGAUUUCAUUGGCAUCGGUCAGCUCGCUGCAGGACACAUUGCGCUUACUUAGCCUCUGGUUCACCCACGGAGGCCAUCAUGAAGUCAACGCGGCUGUCAAUGAGGGAGUCGGACUGGUCAGUAUCGAUACUUGGCUGCAUGUGAUACCACAACUGUUGGCUCGCAUCAACCAACCCAACGAACGAGUACGGAAAUCUGUGCACAAGCUGCUGUGUGAUCUCGGACGUCAUCAUCCACAGGCACUAGUCUUCCCACUGACAGUUCCCAUGAAGUCGAACGAAGGCGGUCGCUCGCGCUUAGCAGGCGAGCUCAUGAACGACAUGCGCUCACACUCGUACAAGCUCGUAGAGCAGGCAGAUAUUGUCAGCCACGAACUGAUCAGGAUCGCCGUGUUGUGGCACGAGCAAUGGCAUGAGGGGCUCGAGGAAGCUUCUCGUCUGUACUUUGGUGACCACAACAUUGAAGGCAUGUUCAAGACUCUCGCACCACUCCACGCAAUGCUCGAUAAGGGGCCUGAGACGCUUCGAGAAAUAUCAUUCAUUCAGUCUUUCGGUCGUGAAUUAGCAGAGGCGCGCGACUGGUGCACGACGUUCCGCAACUCCAACGAAGUUGGUGAUCUAAACCAGGCAUGGGAUCUAUACUACCAGGUCUUCCGCAAAAUUGCGCGCCAGCUGCCGUCUUUGAUGACCCUGGAGCUGCAGUACGUGUCGCCAAAACUGAAAGCGGUCGAAAAUCUCGAGCUCGCGGCUCCUGGCACGUACAAAAGCGGGGAGAAGGUUGUACGCAUCGUCGCAUUUGACCCAGUGUCUACAGUCAUUCAAUCGAAGCAGCGGCCGAGAAAGCUGUUGCUCACAGGCGACAACGGCGAAACUUAUCAGUACUUGUUGAAGGGCCACGAGGAUAUUCGACAAGACGAACGCGUCAUGCAACUCUUCGGCCUGGUCAAUACGCUACUGGAGAACGAUGCCGAGUGCGCAAAGCGACAUCUCAACAUCCAACCGUAUCCUGUAAUCCCGUUGUCGACGCAGUCUGGUCUGUUGGGCUGGGUACCAAACAGUGAUACCCUCCACGUGCUCAUUCGGGAGUACCGCGAGAGCCGCAAGAUCCUGCUGAAUAUCGAGCACCGUAUCAUGCUCCAGAUGGCACCAGACUACGACUGUCUGACCCUGAUGCAGAAGGUCGAGGUGUUCGGAUACGCACUCGACAACACGACCGGUCAGGACCUAUACCGCGUCCUAUGGCUGAAGAGCAAGAGUUCCGAAGCCUGGUUGGAUCGACGCACCAACUACACACGCUCUCUGGCAGUGAUGUCGAUGGUCGGAUACAUUCUCGGUCUCGGAGAUCGUCAUCCGUCCAACCUGAUGCUGGACAAGUAUACGGGCAAGAUUGUGCACAUUGACUAUGGCGACUGCUUUGAGGUUGCCAUGCAUCGUGACAAGUACCCGGAGCGAGUCCCAUUCCGCCUCACGAGGAUGCUCACAUACGCCAUGGAGGUCAGCAACAUUGAAGGAAGCUAUCGAACGACUUGUGAGCACGUCAUGCGCGUCCUGCGCGACAACAAGGAGUCUGUCAUGGCAGUGCUCGAAGCUUUCAUUCACGACCCGCUCCUGAACUGGAAGAUUGGCGAGCAAAACGAGCCCGUCGAGCCAUCGUUCCCGUCGGAGCGCCGCGCCUCGAUCCUGGGCAUGGAGACAGACCGCGACCGGCCCAGCAGCUCGCACCGACCCCGCCACCGCUCCAGCGCGGCACAGCCUCCGCUCGACGACGCCCAAGCCAAGGAGAUCCAAAACGCCCGCGCAGUAGAGGUGCUCGCGCGCGUCAAGCAUAAGCUCAUUGGUCGCGACUUCAAGCCCAACGAAGAGCUGGACGUGCCGGAGCAGGUCGAGAAGCUGAUCGUGCAGGCCACGGACCUGGAGAAUCUGUGUCAGCACUACAUUGGCUGGUGCAGUUUCUGGUAG